GGCGGGGGGCGGGGCUUUGCGGGGAGCCGGCCAAUCAGCGGCGAGGGCGUGGCGCAGUGGGGAGCGCUCGAGGCCCAGCACGGACGCGGAGCGCGGCGCAGCUUGCCCUCGAAGUGGCCAUUGGGCCCCUCCCACCCCACACCAUGAACGUCUUCGACCGCUCCAUCAACUUUGACGCCCUCUUCAAGUUCUCCCACAUCUCAGCCUCCACCCAGGAGCACCUCAAGAGGGUCUAUGGCAGCUUUGCCCUCUGCAUGUUCGUGGCAGCAGUGGGGGCUUACGUCAAUGUGGUCGCCCACCUCUUCCAGUUCAGCCUCCUGACUGGGCUGGGGUCCCUGGGGCUGAUGGUGUGGCUGACAAGCACCCCGCACAGCCGGGACACCGAGCAGAAGAGGUUGGGGAUGCUGGUUGGAUUUGCCUUCCUGACAGGCAUCAACCUGAGACCCCUCCUGGAAAUGUGCAUCUCCAUCAACCCCAGCAUCCUCCCCACUGCCUUCCUGGGCACUGCCACCAUCUUCUCCUGCUUCUCGCUCAGUGCCCUCUACGCCCGGCGCCGCAGCUUCCUCUACCUGGGAGGUUUCCUCCUCUCUGGCCUCACCCUCAUCUUUCUCUCCUCCCUGGUCAACAUCUUCAUGGGCUCCGUUUGGCUCUUCACGGCCAACCUCUACGUGGGGCUGAUGGUCAUGUGUGGCUUCGUGCUCUUCGACACGCAGCUCAUCAUCGAGAAGGCAGAGAGUGGGGACAAGGACUACAUCUGGCACUGUGUUGAUCUCUUCCUCGAUUUUGUCAACAUCUUCCGGGAGCUCCUGUUAAUCCUGGGCAUGACCGAGAGCAAGAAGAAGGAGAAGAAGUGAAGCAGCUCCAGGCUGAGGUGGAGCCAUCCCUGUCCCUGUCCCUGUCCCCAUCCCUCUCCCUGUCCCCUCUCCCGGACAUUAAAGAGGUCCCAGCACUCGCUGCCCAGGAGCUUUCCCACCUCGUGGGGUUUUGUUGUUUUCUCUCAUUUUUGCUUUUCUUUGAUUAGAACCCCCCCUGAUUUACAAAUCCUGCUGGAUUUCAGCCACCACCCCUCCCCUACCCAACCCCCACAGCCCCCCCAGACCCAUGUCCCCCCCUUCCCCUUCCCCUCAGAGUUUCUCCCCAGGGACCUGGGGGUCACCCCCCCACCCCCAGGCAGUGGGGACCCUCCCCACCUGGGGGGGGGGCAGUGGGGACCCCCUAGAAGCCAAACCCAACCUUGGAGCCUCCU